AUGAUCGCUUCUGCAUCACUUACAGACCAUGGUCGCUUAGAUCCAUUCGCCAACGACGGCCGCCUUCGGUCUAUCAUGGUAUCCAGCUUCUAUCCUGUCACACAAUGCCGCCGCAGGAAGAUCGAGUCCUACAUGCCGCCCGCUACCGCAUCUUUCAUGGAUACCAAGUUCGGCGCAUACGGCCUUCCUAACGGCAGCUUCCAAUCUCUGGGUCUCGAGACGUGCAUAACUCCAGCAAAACGAGGCGCUUGUUCCGAUGGUUCCCUGCCAGUCGUUCUAUUCUCAGGCGCGCUUAGCACAUCUCGUCAUUUAUACAACGCUAUGCUUCAAAAUGUCGCGGCUACUGGCUAUUUAGUGCUCUCCAUCGACCACCCCUAUGAUGCCGACAUGGUUGAAUUCCCGGAUGGCACCAUAGUGGCCGGCGUCGAAAUUGAAAGCGACGCAGAGGUUGAGCUAGCCCUCAACACACGAGUCGCGGAUAUCGAGUUCGUCUCGAAGCAAAUGUACAAUGUCUCAGCUUCAAAAGGAUUAUUCCCGGGAUACCUGCGCAAUCAAAGCGUCUCCAAAGUGGCUGUUGUCGGACAUUCCUUGGGGGGUGCGGCCGCUGCCAGUGCGAUGAUGAAGAUGAGUUCUCUCAGAGGCGGAGUCAAUCUUGACGGCUCCAUGUUUGGUCCUGUAUUGACAACCGGCUUCGACGGUCCCUUCAUGCUGAUGGGCCACGAAAACAAGACACAAGAAACCGAUCCGUCCUGGAAGACCAUCUGGCCACGUCUUACUGGUUGGAAGAAGGAGUUUGAAGUCAAGGACACAGCGCACUACAGCUUCUCGGACCUCCCCUUGGCCAUAUCUGCAUUGGGUCUGGAUGGAAAAUUGCCAGCGGAGGUUGGACAGCUUCUGGGUUCUAUUGAGGGUCGCAGAAUGACAAGUCUUACAACUAAGUAUGUUGCUACCUUCUUGGAUAUGGUGUUGAAAGAUAAGAAGGAGAGUGCCUUUUCGAAGGCUGGGGACCAAUUUCCAGAGGUGUCAGAAGUGGCUUAA